AUGACCGCAUCACUUUCACCCAGACAGACAGCAAGAGCCGAGCAUGGUCCGUUAAACGGUUAUAACAGCGCGCGGCGGAGAAGUGUGGUGUCCAUGACAACGCGCCUUUUGCUUCCGCGUUCAGACAUAGUCAUCUGCAUGGUGUAAUUUCAUCCUGGUUCGCGCUGGCAGGCCAGUGCGCCUCUUUUCCCGGAUAUCUGACAGGAGUGGGUAGGGAGGGGCUGGAGGGGUACGGGGGUAGUGUGUGGCGGAGUUGGAAAUUGCCUUGUCUUGGCGUGAUUCGCCCCCAUCUUCUUAAAUAACCUAGAUCAUUUGAUAAUUUAAAGAUCAGAGUUAAGCGAAGUAGCCUGGAUCAUUUCAUAAUUUAGAGAGCGAAGUGAAGGGGAAAUUCCGCACCUCUUUGAGGAAAGAGGUUGAUCAAAAUAGCCUAAUUUAUAUAUAGUUAAAAGUAAAGCCACCGUGUUUAAGCUCUUGGCCUUCAUGAGUUUUAGGCUAGGCUACAGAAGAAAAUAUAUUAAUAAUGUUUUCAAUAAACUGACAAAUAGCCUAGAUGAUGAUGGUGAUAAAUCCUUGUCAUGCAAGCCUCAAUAAACAGGCUACAAAGUAGUUUGUAUUCGAUCUCUUCUCCGGAUGUUUAGCCUACUAAUUGAUGAUCCGGGUAAACCAGUGAAGAAGGAAACUCCUGACAGGUCCACGAGGUCCAAGGGAAUUACAUCAUGGUUUAUGGCGACAUCUCUUGGUCAACAUCCAUAUUGCUAAAAUUCUACAAUAGCAUACUUCCAUAGAACACUUUCUGUGUUUACAAAAAUUCACGGACGAGGGCGAUGCGCGCAAAUUAGUGGCAGAACAAGGGGGAGUUCUGAUAGAACACCAGCAAAAAAAAGCCUCUAUUGACAUGUUGCUUAUGAAUGCAUUUCGGACUACUUUUAGAUUAGAUAUAAUGUGUGUCAUCAUCACAAAUCAACUGCAUUAUACUUUAAAAAAACACUUCAACUUCAACCAGUAAAAUGGCUCUUUUGAUAGCUUUUGUUACAGCCUAAAUCAAUGUGUGUUAGCAUUCUAGCUAACAACUGCUGCAUCCAAAAUAGUUAUUUUGCAAAGAUCACAACCAAAUAUAAUCUUAGCUACUGUUCAAGAUAUAAUCAAAACAUAAUUGUAAACCUAUGAGAACGCAGUAUCAUCUGGAUAUGUUCAACAUUCCCCUUCUGCUACCAUUUCUGUCAAGCCGUCUACACAUACAGUUUGAUGCAUACGUUCAGUGGUGGAAAAAGUACCCAAUUUUCAUACCACUCAUACAAUUCUCUUUAAAAGUAAAGAUACCACAAUAGAAAAUUACUCAAGUAAAAGGGAAAGUCACUCAGUAAAAUAGUAGUUGAGUAAAAGUCUAAAAGCAUUUGUUUUUAAAUGUACUUAAGUAUCAAACGUAAAUGUAAUUGCUAAAAUAUACUUAAGUAUCAAAAGUUAAAGUAUAAAUCAUUUCAAAUGUCUAAUAUAUUAAGCAAACCAGACGGCACCAUUUAUUUUUUAUUUUUUUUUAUUUACGGAGAGCCAGGUGCACACUCCAACAAUCAGACAUAAUUUACAAAUGAAGCAUGUGUGUUUAGGGAGUCUGCCAGAUCAGAGGGAGUAGGGAUGACCAGGGAUGUUCUCUUGAUAAGUGAGUGAAUUUGACAAUUUUCCUGUCCUGCUAAAUUUGAGUGUACUUCUCGCGGGAUUCGUGUGUGAACUAAUCGGAGCGGAAGUACAAUGAAGGUCUCUUUUCCGCCGGCCACAGAGGAGUUAUCGGCAGGCCAUCAACAUGAAGCUGAAUCCAUUUGUGACAUCCUCGCGGCGUAAGAACCGCAAGAGGCACUUCAAUGCCCCCUCACACAUCCGGAGGAAGAUCAUGUCCUCCCCCCUCUCCAAGGAGCUCCGUCAGAAGUACAAUGCGAGGUCCAUGCCCAUCCGCAAGGACGACGAAGUCCAGGUUGUCCGUGGACACUACAAAGGCCAGCAGAUUGGCAAGGUAGUGCAGGUCUACAGGAAGAAGUACGUAAUCUACAUUGAGCGUGUGCAGAGAGAGAAGGCCAACGGAACCACGGUGCACGUCGGCAUCCACCCCAGCAAGGUUGUGAUCACCAGGCUAAAGCUGGACAAGGAUCGCAAGAAGAUCCUGGAGCGUAAGGCUAAGUCCCGUGCUGACGGAAAGGAGAAGGGCAAAUACAAGGAGGAAACCAUUGAGAAGAUGGCAGAGUGAAAAUCUAUUGCUUACAAUAAACUGCUGUACAAAUCAA